GUUUGGUGCUGGCGAAGCGUUGCUCGCGGCAGCUGACGGUCUUGGCAUUCGAGCCGGCACUGGAAAGCUAUCAGCUGGCUGUGAAGAAUCUGCGACAGCACGGGGUGCGCGUGGUUGAGCAUGGCCAAGAGCUGUCAGAUGAAGUGUUGAAG